GCAGGGUGUUUGCCUGACAGGUACAUUUGGGUAGAUGUUUUACCUGUCGUAAAUUAGCACAAUUUUUUUUAUAAUAAACAAUUGAAUUAGCAUAUAAUAGCUCAUAGUAAUUGUUUAAGUUAAGGGAAGCCUGGGUGAGCGAGCUGUAAAUAGAGGAUUAAAUAUUUUUUCACAAGUUUCGAGGCGGAAACACCAAAGACACAAGUUGUCGCUCCUGCUUGAGAAAUGCCAGGCUUGGCAGAGAUAUGUAUUGGCAUGCUGUCGCUGCUCCCCCUGGCUUGGGCCAGAGUAGUCUACAGCCACAAUGAAGUGUUCCUGGGACAACAGUCUGCGUCCUCGUACCUGUCUCGCUCGCUGCUCUGGAACAAAUGGGACCUGGAGCUGGUGACGCCAGACAGCCUUGAGAGGGAGUGCAUAGAGGAGGUGUGCACCUACGAGGAGGCCAGGGAGGUGUUUGAGGACACACCCCAAACGAAUGUAUUUUGGAACACAUAUUCCAGCAGUCACAAUACAGCUCCCAGAGUGGAUGUGUCGGGUCUAGUGGCAGGAAUCUUGGCUAUUCUAGUGUCUGCUGUCAUAGCCACGGUACUGGGCUGCUACUGUUACAAGAACAAAGCUGGUAGGACGGCAGGCAGUGCUCCAGUGAGGAUGGUUGUGGAUGGCCAGCCUGCCCCAGAGACAGUGCCUCUGGCUGGGAUCAUCGCUCCAGGACUGCCCUCCUACGGCGAAGCCCUGACACGCAGUGGGCAGCAUGACGCGCCCCCGCCACCUUACUCUGGGGGGGCGCCAUCAGUACCUCCUGACCCAGCUGACAAUACUGAGAUUACUGCAAAUACUGAGGACACUGAGUGAAAAGGAGGAAAAGGACAUUUUAAAAAAGGGCCAUUCAUGAAGAGUGGGUGUGUGUGUGUUACAAGCAUCAAUUGGAGUUCUGGACAGUUAUAAGUGAGCACAGCUGUGAACAUUUCAACUCCUGUGAGUUGUUGAAAUAGAUACGGGAAAUGUCCAUAUAAUAGGAGAGCAUUUCAAUUUAUUUAUUUUUCGGAGGGAGAGGGGAGUUCAUAGGGGGGCAAGGCUGAAGGAUGUUAUAGAUAGAGAAAUUAGGGGAAUGGGAUGAAAACUUGUUAAGAGGUUACCUGUGAGAAAGAGAAGCAAUCCCUUGAUUGCAAAAUGCAUCAUAUGGGGAUGAUUCCUGUAUUUUGAAAGUUGACAACUUGAUUGAUGACAAGCAAAACAUUUUGGGACUAUUUCAACAAUGGGCUAAUGGAAUUUCCUUUAAUAUGUAUAAACUAGCAGAUGGUAUAGAAUUUAGGUCAACAUGUUUGUUUUAUCUCGGUUGUUUCUAUCUGUAUUGGUACAUGACAGACCGCUCUGAAAUUAAGUCUAUAUUUAUACACAUUUCUUAUUCAAAACAUUUGAAUAAAACGUUUUGCACCUAGCCCACUGGUCAAUCAGACAGUCAUCUAGAUUCCAUAGAGUUGCACGUUUAUUUUUUCCCCCGAUUCAGAAAUUAGUCAUCCAAAAUGUUACGGUACUGAUUACUUUAUUGUUUGUUUAACCUUAAUCAGUAACGGCUACAUUUGAAGUAAUCCGCCCAACCCUGUAUAUAUCUGCACUCUUUAAUCGAAAUGUACCCUUUUGGCCUGUGCUACACUGUAUUCUGUCUGAGAAUAUUCUCUGUGUAUAUGACUAAAGGCUGGCCAGUCUGCAUCUGAGGUGACCGUAUAGCAUUUACUACGAUGCUGCCUCCGAAGACAUCAGGGCCUUCAUACUUCUUGUGCUUAGCUGAGCCGAGCUAUUGUGAAGGAAUUUGUCAAGGAAGUGAGUUCGUGUUUAUACUGGACCUCCCGCUCCCACCUACCCUCAACCAAUCAUGUCAAUGCGGAGCUAUACAGAGCCCUUCGCUUUGUUACAAAUUUUGAGAGGCGCACGGCGGGUACAGCGCAUGAUUUGGCCUCUGCAUUCCUCUGGUGGCUCCGCAAUUGCGUCACACCCGUCAUACGAAGUCUCUGACCACAUUUCGGAUCAAACAUAAAUUGGCUUUUAGAAAGAGUUGGAUUUAGCAGACACUGCGUAUGUGUGUGCGCACUGGAGAGGGAGAGAAAGCGAGUGAGUGGGGAGAGGGAGGGAGUGUGCUAACAUGCGAUCCAACCAGCCGCUCUAAAAAAUGGCGUCUUAAGAAGAAAAUGAUGUGUAACCCUCACAUCAAGAUUCUAGUAUGGCCGCGAAACCUCUCUUCAAUUCUCUCAGGUCUAUUCAUAAUUGGUUUUUACAAAAGAACGCGAGGAACAAUACAAUAUAUGUUGAUGCGCGGUACGAAUAUUGUAGUCGUUGCCAAAGUCAGAAGGCCCGCCUACUUGACCAAUCAGAUGAGGGAGUGGAUUACGCGUAUGCUGACCAGUUUGCAGGGGCAGACGAGAGACAUGCAUUUUAUGCUGCGUUCAAAUGGUAGUCGGAUCUAGGAUACUGACAUUUCUGGCUUGCUAAAUGGUUGUAGAUAUGCACGUGCCGCGUUCAACGAAUCAUCAAGUCGGAAAUUCUAGUUCCGACUAGUAAGUGAACGCGGCACCAUUUUUAUCACAAUGAUUUCUUUAUUUAUUAGCUGUAAUAAAACCAACCGUUUUAAAUGUAAAGUGGUAAUCGGAUGUCUUUUUCAAACUCAGCUUGAAAGCUUAUCUUUCUUUGAAAAUCAGCUUGUUUUCCCUUACUCAGUUACUUGUUUUAACCCAAAAUAGGUUUACUCCAAUAUCAGCAUUGUUUUUAAAAUGGCAUGUAAAGACAGACAAAUUGACACACCUUGAAAACGUACACAGUUUCACAUAAAAUGUUUUUUUUAUUUUUAAAUGUUUUUUUGUUGUUGUUGCCUGAUUUAAGAUAAACUUCAACCCUUUUACUUUAUUUGGCACCUAGGAACGUACUAUAGUCAUUUAUUUAACUUGACAGUACACCUUUUUGGUAUUUUGUACCAGUUUUUGUCUCAGUACAAAGGCAUGGUCUUCAAACAUUUAAUAAUUAUUAUGAUUAAUUGGACUUACAUGGCACUUUAGACACCCAAAGCUCUUUACAGUGUAAGGGGAAACUCACCACCCUAACCCCACUUGGUGCCUUCAGAAAGUAUUAAAACCCCUUGACUUAUUCCACAUUUUGUUGUGCUUUUUUUAUACCCAUCAGAACAGGUGCCCUUCUUUGCGAGGCUUUGGGAAACCUCCCUGGUCUUUGCGGUUGAAUCUGUGUUAGAAAUUCACUGCUCGACUGAGUGACCUUACAGAUAAUUGUAUAUAUGGUGUACAGAGAAGAGGUAGUCAUUCAAAAAUCAUGUUAAACACUAUUAUUGCAUUCAGAGUGAGUCCAUGCAACUUAUUAUGUGACUUGUUAGGCACAUUUUUACUACUGAGCUUAUUUAGGCUUGCCAUAAUCAAGGGGUUGUAUACCUAUUGACUCGACAUUUCAGCUUUUCAUUUUUUAUUAAUUUGUAAAAAAAAAUAUAUAUAUAUAUAUGAUAAUUCCACUUUUGACAUUAUGAGGUAUUGUGUGUAGGCCAGUGACACAAGCUACAUUUAAACCAUUUUAAAUUCAGUCUGUAGCACAACAAAAUGUGGAAAAAGUCAAGGGGUGUGAAUAUUGUCUAAAGGCCCUGUACAUACUCUUUAUUUGUAUUUAUUUUAUUGGCCCAUCCACUCCCCUCUUUGGAUGACAAAGGUAACCUUGUUUUUCUUUUUAAUUGAAAUAAUUGUACAGAUAUUCUUUCAUAUACUGUACAUUAUUCAUAAACUUCACAUACAUGGUCAUUUUAUACACAGUAUAACAUGAUAGGAAUACAGUUUUAUAUACACAUUACACAUAAAAUGGUACUCAUCAUUACAUAAAGCCCCAUCUUUAUAUUUUAUUGAGGUACACUCCAUUGUUGGUUGGUUGGUACUUUAACAUUAUUAAAAUGAAAUUAAUGUAAAAGUGUAUGGUAUAAAUUACAGUGAUCGGUCUUUGAACUUACUGCCUUCAUGUUCAUUUCAGCAGCAUAUUUAUAUUUGGCUUUUGUUUGUCUGUCUUUUCCAUGGUGGCAUUCAUGUCUUUGUG